AUGAAGGGACGUCAAAGAAAAACAGACACCCAAGAGGAGGACACAACCGAGGACAUGGCAGCAGCUAUUGAAAACAAGGACCCACAUCCUGAAAUCCUCCAACCAGAUUCACCUUCUCCAUCAUCAUCUUCUUCCCCUCUGCCUCCAUUAGCCGUGCCACCUUCUACAUCUGCCUCUGCCCUCCUGGCGCUGGCCUCUCCAGCCACCCGGCGCUCCAUUUCCAUGGGAGACUUCCGGAGGGUGACAGGGGCUCUGCGAACCGGCUCUGAACCACCAUCCACCUCUGCCACGGCCCCCUCCUCCAAGCUUGUAACCCCUAGCUCCAGCAUGGAGUUCGAGGCAGCUCGACGGCGCCUUCUGGAGGUGGAGGAGCGCCAGCGUGUCAUCAGAGAAAUGGAGCGACGGCUGGAGGAGCUCAGGGAGGUGUUUGUGCGCUCGGAGCAGGAGGUGGUUGUUCACGGGGAGGUGGUGUCGCGGAUAUCCAGUGCAGCCCAGCAGGGGGAGCUGUACGUGGUAGAGAACAGUCAGCGACUGAAGAAAGGCCUGAGGUUCAAGAAACAUCGACCCACCAUCGUCUUCUCCUCCAUGCUGGGACUCCGCACGUGCCUCCCCUGGCCUGUGAAGCUCAAAUAG